CAUAGAACAAGUCAUCCUCUAGUCUCGAGUCUUUAGGGAACAAGUCAUCCUCUAGUCUCGAGUCUUCAUAGAACAAGUCAUCCUCUAGUCUCGAGUCUUUAGGGAACAAGUCAUCCUGUGGUCAUGAGUCUUUAAGGUACAAAUGAUUAUUCCUGAGGGAACAAGUUAUUUUCUUGUCUUGAGAUUUUAGGGAAUAAGUUAGUCUCCAGUCUGUCUUUUUUCUUUAUAAAAUUAUAUUAUUUUUUAUUUUUUAACAUUAAACAAUAAUUAUUUCAGAAAUAUCCGGUUAUCAUCUUAUUUGUUAGAAAUAUUAUUUCAUAUUUAAGCUUCAAAGGCAGAAACGCAAGUCUCUCUAUUUCCCAAUGAAGACAAGGUGUAGGUAGACGGUUACCAUGGCAACAUAAUCAGGUGGACUAGAAUGUUACGUUUUUGUGGAAUUAAAAUAGUUUUUGAUAAAAACAUCAAACAGAAGGAAGUUUCCUCCAAGCUUAAAACAAACAUGAAAUAAAAAGUUGAUUUUUCCACCGGAGGGGAUUUCUGCGUGUUUCUCGGUGCGCGUGCGCCCCGCGUCUCGCGCUCCCUCUCCACCGCUCCUCAGCUCAGAGACUCAUCCUCAUGGAGAUCCUGCAGAACCGAGACCGAACCCAACUCUCAGCAUGACACCGGAGCACAAACCGGCGCCCUGACGCUGAGAGCCGAAGAUCAGUUUGCGCCAUUUUACGCCGCAGCAUCUCCGCGGUACCGGUUCGGAACUUUUCACCCCCCCACCCCCUCCUCCCACUCCUCCGCACUUUGGAGGGAUAAACCCGCUUCCCGGGACUUGCAAGAGGUCGACUCUCCAGGUUCUGGUGGAGUGGAGGCGGGACUCGGGGGGGAGGGCUCCGGGAUGGAUGUGUCAGCCUCUUCGGGUAUCCGGUACCGGAAUCAAGUGAUGCCGGACCGGAGGAGGGUCAGAGCGAGGCGGAAACGGAGAAAGGAGUUGGUUCUGAUCCAGAUCUGCCUGUUCGGAGGGUUGCUGCUGGUCGUCAAGGGGAUUUCAUUCCUAACAGAAGAUUCAGGGCUCGACGUGUCCAUCCCGGGUCAGGAGAGACAUGCAGGAAGGAGGCUUCUGCAGGAGAUGGACAACAGCAGCCUGGAGGCAGCAGAGAUGGACGAAGAGCCGAAGAACUGCACCGCUCCAGCUUUGCACGAGUUUCCAACCGACCUGUUUUCACAUCAGGAGAGGACAGAAGGGGCCGUGGUCCUCCAUGUCCUGUGUACCAUCUACAUGUUCUGCGCUCUCGCUCUGGUCUGUGAUGAUUACUUUGUCCCGUCUCUGGAGAAGAUCUGUGAGCGUCUUCACCUGAGCGAGGACGUCGCUGGGGCAACCUUCAUGGCAGCUGGCAGCUCAGCUCCAGAACUCUUCACCUCUGUCAUUGGUGUGUUCGUCACCAAAGGUGAUGUGGGCGUUGGCACCAUCGUCGGCUCGGCUGUCUUCAACAUCCUCUGCAUCAUCGGCGUGUGCGGCUUCUUCGCCGGGCAGGCAGUGAAGCUGUCCCACUGGGCUCUCCUCAGAGAUUCCGUGUUUUAUACGUUUUCCAUCACGGCGCUCAUCGUGUUCAUCUACGAUGAGAAGGUGUGCUGGUGGGAAUCUCUGGUCCUGACCCUCAUGUAUGCUGUUUACAUCCUCAUCAUGAAGUUCAACGGCAGAGCCCACCGCUACUUCAGCCGCAGGAAGAAGAGCUCGGCGAACCUGGCCAACGGGCUGAUGGGGAGCACAGACCUGGAGGACAUCUCCUGUGAUGCUACAGCAGUUCUUCUGAAGAAAGCUAGCUACCACUGCACGCCAUCGGUGCUGAUGGUGGAUGAGCUGCUGUCUGCAUACCCCCACCAGCUGUCUUUCUCGGAGGCCGGGAUGAGGAUCAUGAUCACCAAUCAUUUCUCUCCCAGAACUCGCCUCACCAUGGCGUCACGCAUGCUCAUCAACGAGAGACAACGACUGAUCAACACCACCGAGACUCGAAUCAACUGCAUCACAAAUGGCGACUCCGACUCUGCGGUCUGGGUUCAGGGGAGGCGGGGCUUAGAUAACAGUAGGGGCGGGGCUGACCUAGGUCUCAACGGUCUGUGCAGACUUCAGAGGCUGGAGUCCGGAAAUGAGAUGGAGAACGAGGAUGAGAAUGACAUGGAAGGAGACGGAGAAGAGGAAAGUUCUGGGCCGGUGGUGCCUUUUAAAAUUCCAGUCGGCAUCUGUAACAAGCUGAAGUGGCUGGUCAUGUGGCCCUUGUCCCUGCUCCUUUUCUUCACCAUUCCCAACUGUGCCGAGAAACGCUGGGAACGCUGGUUCAUGGUCACCUUCUUCACCGCCACCAUCUGGAUCGCUGGGCUCUCCUACAUCAUGGUCUGGAUGGUGACAGUUAUCGGUUUCACUCUCGGCAUCCCGGACGUCAUCAUGGGCAUCACCUUCCUGGCAGCGGGCACCAGCGUCCCAGACUGCAUGGCCAGCGUUAUUGUGGCACGGCAGGGUCUAGGAGACAUGGCCAUCUCCAACUCCAUCGGCAGUAACGUGUUUGACAUCCUGGUGGGUCUGGGCCUGCCGUGGCUGCUGCAAACCCUCUGCAUUGACUACGGCUCCAUGGUCCAUCUCAACAGCCGAGGCCUCAUUUUCUCAGUGGGACUCUUGCUGGCCUCGGUGUUCUUUACAGUUCUGGGAGUCCACCUGAACAACUGGACCCUGGACCACCGACUGGGCCUGGCCUGCCUCUUCAUGUACGCCGUCUUUCUCUGCUUCUCCAUCCUCAUCGAGUUUAACGUCUUCAUCUUCGUCAACCUCCCGACGUGCCGAGACAUCCAUUGACCACCCUCCUCCUCCCUCCACUCCUCCUCGUCAUCCUCAGGCUCAUGGAGGAACCUUGUCCUGGCUUCCAGUUAGCGGCACCUUGGAAACAAGUCCUUCCUUUUCUUUGUUUAAGGAGCUCGGCUCUAAUCAAUGAAUCUUUGGUGCAAUAAAGGUGAGAGAGGACGCUGAUGGUUUGGGUCGCUUUAGGAACGGACCAGAGGCUCAACCAGGAAGUGGAAGCAGCAGAACUUCCUGCCAGGCACGACCCUGGGGAUUUUUCCUGCCCCGUAAGUUAGGCGACCGUUGGAGAUGAAGCUGCAGAGGGAACAGCUGCAUCGUUUGUUUGGAUAGAAACACUUUCAGGUUUUUAUUAACAGCUUUUGUUGUCUGUGAGGAUUCUUUAGGUGUUCUUUAGCUGAUAAACGGAAACGUUUCUGCAUGCUGCACUCGCCACAGCGCUCGCUUUGCACUGACGCACUCACUUAGGCACGCACACGC